AUAAAGACCCCGCAUAAAUGUUUGUAGUGUCGAGUAGAGAAAGUGAAAAUGGAGGUAGAGGGAAGAAAAGUCGAACAACAACAAAAUGAAAAUACACAGACGGACUUAAAAUCCGUCAGACAACCUCGUCAAAAAAAAUUCUUCGCUUUAUUUAGAUGUGAAAAAGAAUUAACAUUAUUGAAUACAAAUUGUGAAACAGAACAGUGUGUGGAACUACAGAGUGUAUUUUCACAUCGUUUGGAAAAGGGGAUAUUGUAUCCAGAUGUUGGUACUGUUAUAACAUGUGAUUUGAGUCCUGUAACUGAGGAGAGUGAGCAGAAGUAUGGAUGCUAUUAUUAUAGUGUACAUACUGGAGAGACCAGCAGUGAACAGAGUGAAGUCAUUAAAUAUCUUGUUUGUUUCCUCACUGACCAUGAACAAGCCCUUGAUCUAUUUAGAACAGAUUUGGAUGAAUACUGUUCGGACAUUCUUAAACCAUUAAAAACCCUGAUUGUGUAUGAUUUGAGUGAGAUUCCAUCAUCACUAGUACAGAGCAUGGAGAACUGGUAUACAGUGACAGUAAACUAUAUCAUAAGAUGUAAACAGGCAUUAGGAGAAAGUCUGAAGUUUCUUAUAUAUGCUGCACUUCAUGAUUACAAGUUGGUUUUGACUGGUGGGACAGCUGAUCUUCAGGCUGAUAUACAAAGGUUUUAUAAGGCAUGCAGUUUGUCAGAUAUAUUGAGUCAGUUACGAGACAAUAGAUUCAGGCGAGAGACAGGCUCGUUAUCUGGUAGUGUAGAUAUGUUAAUAGAUAUUGACAGCAAUAAACAGACAGACGCAGGGAAAACACUUACUGUCAGUAUGUCAGCUGAUUCUGUCAGGCUUGAUUCAAAUGGUUGUAACAAAUUCUGUGAAGAAUGGGCCAAUACAAUUAAUAGACCUGAAUUUCAGGACCAACCAGUCAGACAAAAACAAGUCAUUGAAGCAUUUAAACUAAAGUUUAUUCAAACAAUGAACACAUUGAAACGAUUACUAAGGGAUGCAGAAAAUGAUUACUACGCAUUGUACAGAUCAUCUUUUGACGUGAUGCUGCAACCUGCACACGCUAGGAACACGUACCGCGCCCCAUCCAGAACAGAUGCCGACACGGACGACUUCAACGAGGGAUAUUUCCGUAUAGAGGAGGGUAAAACAAAAGGUCUCGAACUUGCAGUCGAAGAGUGCAAGCACCAGUUUUUCUGGGAUCUUUGGAACUGUCCAGUUACACCUAACACAAUCAUCUCAAAGACUGCAAGUAGCAAAGGGACUCGGGAAAUGUCGUUUCUUCAGGCAAUAUCAUCAGCAGGAAUCAUGUACUCCGUUACCAAAUCAUGCAAUCGAAAAGAUAACAAUUUGUGUGGUUGCGGAUCUGGCGGGAAUGAUUAUCUAUCUUCCGGUACAUUGAAUUGGAAGUGGGGAGGGUGCAGUCAUAACGUGAAAUUUGGCGAAAAAGUUGCAAAACUUUGGCUUCAGACUGAAACUGCAACGACUAAUAUUAAGCAACUCAUCAAAAGUCACAAUGAAAAAGCCGGACAUCGGGCUACCAUGCGAACAAUGAAAACACUUUGCAAAUGUCACGGCCCUACUGGAAGUUGUACGAUGAGAACAUGUUGGAGAACACUUUCAACAUUUCGUGUGAUUGGAGAGCUUUUAAAAAAGAAAUACAAGCGAUCGAAAGACAUUAGACAUAUGGAAGGAUUUGUGCAUAGCAAUAAAGUUAGCUAUCCAAAAGUUACGCGUAUCUCAAAACACGAUUUGGUGCACUUUGAGGAUUCUCCAAACUAUUGUGAAACCGAUAACUCUAUCGGAUACCUAGGGACACUUGGGAGAGAAUGUUUAAAACAAGAAAAGGGUGCUAAUAAGACUUCUAUGAAGAAAUUUUUGAGGAAUAGUUGCAGAAGAUUGUGUACGAGAUGUGGACACAAAGUUGGAAGAGUCGUUUAUGAAGAGAUAUACAAAUGUGACUGUGAGUUUAAAUGGUGCUGUUCCGUGGAUUGCAAAAAGUGUAAGAAGAAAGUGACGCAAUACUAUUGCAAGUAAAGCAAUGAAAUUUGUGAACUAGAUAUAUUAUAUCUUUAUUGUCUUAAAAAUAACGUCUUCAUACGUCUGUAAAUAACUCAUGUUGCCAAGUAAAGUUACUUUACCGCCGACUGAAGUGAUGUUACUUCGAGGCCCAUUAAUGUGUUACAUUAACAUUCUCACUAAUGUUUGCAUUACUAUAAUUCUUUAUCAGUUGGUUAUAUUAUAUGCAAUUUGUUAGUUUGCUUGCUGUUUUAUAAACUAGCUUCUAACACGACCCACAUUUUUCCCUAUUGAACAUAGAAGAACCGAAAGUGUGUGUUAUUAAGCAAUAAAAUCACUGUUGACGUUCUAUAUUUAGACAUGUGACGUAAUCAUUAUAAUUUAAUUAUAUGUGACGUUACCACUAAAAAUGCGACGCGCUAAAAAUAAGCACAGAAACAAACCAGGCUCAAUUUAGCUUAAUAUCAGUUAUGGCAUCAUUUAUUUGUUAAUUGUGUUAGAAUCGAAAUAAUAUAUCCCAAACUGUGAUUUUAUCGCUUGAUAAAAUCACUGUUUGUCGUUCGGGUGAUAUAAUUCCUCACAUCGGAAUUCAAACAGUGAUUUUAUUGAGCGAUAAAAUCACAGUUUGGGAUAUAUUAUUUCUUAAAUAUAACACUUACAUCUCAAAUAUAAUCUCAAUAUGACAAUUGUCUUACUAAAUGUAGCAUAAAAAAAGGCUUUGCUUAGAGAAAAUGUCAGACAUUUGGUCAGGUAUAUUGUUGUCUCUGGAAAUGAGUUUCGUUAAUUUUAUGACACCUAUGCAUUGUUGCACUUACCACGCAACACAUCUGCUGAGCAAUUCACCAAAAACUUAUCGGACCGGCAUGACAUUUGUAUAAAAGUAUGAUUUGUAAGAUUUGCGAUGUCCACACUGCAGCUGAUUUCCCCAAAACUUUUCCAAUGUGAACAUAAAGUUCACUGAUAAAUAUCUAUAUAUCAUUUAUAUGUUGAAAUAAAAUCUUUUACUCCGA